AAGCUGCGCCGGUCUUCCUUCGAUAGCUACUCGGGACACGGGGGGCAAACAUGACACGCCCACGCAGAGAUCCCUCGCGCGUCAAACCGUUGCGUGGCCUGGCGGGGCUCGCAUCCUAUUGGCUCGUUGCGCCUGUGUGUUUCGCUUGAUAGCGAGAGCAGGCAUGACAGGAUUCAUGGAGCUGGGUGUUUAAGUAGAGACCACAGGAUGGACCGGUUAAUUGGCAGCUUCAGCUCGCGAUCGAGCUCCAAGAGGCAGAUCGAUCGAGCGACGACAUGAGCCUGGGGCUUGGGAGCAGUAAGGUGGGCGGCAGCCAUGCGGCGGCGUUCCUCCUCGGCGUGGCGCUGCCGAUGGCCCUCCUCUUCCUCCUCGCGUCCGACCGCCUCGGCGAGGGCCUGUCGAACGUCUCGCGCAGCUGGGGCAGUGUUGGAACGACCCAGCAGCUACCGGCUGCUGAUGCUGCUGCUCCUACACGAGAUCAAGAGGUCGAGUUCGCAGGCCUCGCUGAGCUACUGCCGAAGGUGGCCAUGGAGGACAGGACGGUGAUCAUCACGCCAGUGAACGAGGCCUGGGCGCGCCCGGGCUCCCUGCUGGACCUCUACCUGGAGAGCUUCAAGAACGGCGAGGACAUCGCGCACCUCGUCAACCACGUCCUGGUGGUCGCCCUCGACUCCCUCGGGUUCGAGCGCUGCAAGGCCGUGCACCCUCACUGCUACCUCCUCCGGGUGGCAACGACGACCGCGAACAUGAGCUCCGCCAAGCGGUUCAAUUCCAGGGACUACCUGGAGCUGGUCUGGGCCAAGGUCACCUUCCAGCAGCGGGUCCUGGAGCUCGGCUACAACUUCCUCUUCACGGAUGCAGACAUGAUAUGGUUCCGCAACCCUUUCCGGCACAUCGCCCUGUACGCCGACAUGAGCUGCUCGUCGGACGACUUCAAGCCGUCGCGCGCGCCCAUGGCCCAGCCGCUCAACACGGGGCUCUACUACAUGAAGUCGACGAACCGGACGAUCGAGAUGGUGAGGUACUGGCGGGCGGCGCGGGCGCGGUUCCCCGGGCGGCACGACCAGUGGGUGUUCGUGGCGAUCAAGCGCGAGCUCGUGAGCAAGCUGCAGGUGAGGAUCGAGCCGCUGGACACGGUGUACUUCGGCGGGUUCUGCGAGUACCACGACGACCCGGAGAGGGCCUGCACCAUGCACGCCGACUGCUGCAUCGGGCUGGAGAACAAGGUGCACGACCUCAGGGACAUGGCCGCGGACUGGAACAAGUACACGAGCCUGGCGCCGGAGGAGAGGAGGAAGAACAAGGCCGGGUUCAAGUGGACGUACCCGGACAGGUGCCGGAAGUCGUCCCGCUGGCGCAAACCCGCCUGAUGACGGAGCCGCGCGCGCGCGCGUUAGAGAAGACUGGCAAAUAACCUCCAGCUCCAAUCCAAGUGGCGAUUAUUUAUUUAUAUAUAUUAUAUAUUCUGAUGGCACGCUUAGCUUUGUAACAUGAUGUAGAUUCCUGGGCUGGGCUCUCUCGGCUGAAAAGUUGUAUCGUCUCCGAUAGCUGGAGCGAUGAACGCUGCACGUCUGACAAAAGGGUUGCAGAGUGUGAUGGAAUCUUCAUCGUCAGAUGAUUAUGCGUCAAUAACUCGGUAUUAAUCCUCCAGAUAAUUAAGAUAA